UUUUUUCUUUCAUUUGUCUAACCUUUCUUCUUCUUCUUUUUUUUUUAUACAUAUAUAUAUAUAUAUCCAUCUUCUUUUUUAUAUUCCAAUUUUAUCAAUGACAAGCAUUCUUUCAGAACGUCAAAAGGAAGAAUUGCAUAAAGCUAUUCUUGAUUAUCUUAGUGCUAGUGGGUUUUCUGAAUCUUUUGCCAUGUUAAAGAAUGAAACUCAUAUUACUGACUUUGUACCUGAUCCUAAACAAAAGUAUGCUGGUUUAUUAGAAAAGAAAUGGACAUCUGUUAUCAGAUUACAAAAGAAGAUCAUGGAAAUGGAAACCAAAAAUGCUCAAAUGCAAGAAGAAUUGAAUAAUGCUCCUGUACGAAAACAAACAAGUUCUGUAGAUUGGAUUCCUCGACCACCUGAACAGCAUAGUUUGACAGGUCAUCGAAGUCCUAUCACACGUGUUGAAUUUCAUCCUGUUUAUCAAGUAUUAGCAUCUGCUUCUGAAGAUACUACUAUCAAAAUAUGGGAUUAUGAAUCUGGUGAUUUUGAAUGUACAUUGAAAGGACAUACUAAAGCUGUUCAAGAUCUAGCUUUUGAUCCAAAAGGAAAUUAUUUGGUAUCUUGUUCUGCAGAUUUGACAAUCAAGGUAUGGGAUGUGAACAAUGACUACAAAUGCAUCAAGACCUUGUAUGGACAUGAUCAUAGCGUGUCAUCUGUAUGUUUUUUACCAUCAGGGGAUAAGAUUGUAUCAGCAUCUCGUGACAAAACCAUCAAAUUAUGGGAUGUUACUUCUGGAUAUUGUGAAAAAACUUUCAGCGGACAUUCAGAAUGGGUUAGGUCUGUUGUACCAAGUGAAGAUGGAAAAUGGUUAAUCACUGCAUCUAAUGACCAAACUGCUCGCCUUUGGGAUAUUCAAUCAACUGAAGCAAAAAUGGAAUUUAGGGGACAUGAUCAUGUAGUAGAAUGGGCUAUCUUUGCUCCUGUGAAUGCUUAUCCAUAUAUUGAAGAAUUAAUUGGUAUCGAGAGCAAGACGAAAGAUCAACCAAUAGCUGGACAAUAUGUAAUUACCGGAUCUCGUGAUAAAACUAUUAAACUUUGGGAUAUCAAUGGACACCUAUUCCAUACAUUUGUUGGUCAUGACAAUUGGGUACGUGGUUUAGUGGUGCAUCCUAGUGGAAAGUAUUUAUUAAGUGCUUCAGAUGACAAGACAAUCAAGAUUUGGGAUCUCAAAACUGGUCGAUGUAUGAAAACAUUGGAAGCACAUGCUCAUUUUGUUACUUGUAUUAGUUAUUGUCAUACAUCACCAGUGGUUGCUACUGGAAGUGUUGAUCAAACUGUCAAGGUGUGGCAAUGUCGGUAAAUCCGUGGAAUAUCUUUAAUUAGAUCUUUUUUUUUUCUCUAGCUUUUUAUAUAUCUAUGCUUUUCCCCUUACUCUUCUCACCCUCUUUUUUUUUAUAUCAUUUUACUUUUCUUGGUGUUACCAUUUUAUAUACUUUUGUACACGACACUUCUUCUUUACAUAUACUUAUUUUUUUUUCUUUUUAUAUUAGAAAAAGAAAAAGUUGAUGACUCCCUUCACAAUUCUUUAAUCUUUUUUUUUCUCUCUAUAUUUUUAUUCUUUCUUCUUUUUCACCCACCUUUUUUUUUUUUUUUUCUUUUU